AAAAUCAGUUCUGCAAUUAGCCCAUAACCCCCAUUUUCAUUAACCUAUUUAUAAGUUACUGCAACAAGCACUGCCAUCGCUUCUUCUAAACUUCAAAGUCCAUCCUCCAUCUCCUCCUUCCCACACUCUGUCGAAGAUAUGCCUCAGUGGAUAAGGUCGUUGAAACCAGGGAGCUGCGGCAAAACCACACAAGGGUCGGCGCCGCGUUUCUCCUUCAGUUCACUCAAAGACAUCCACGACAUCGUCAGAGAAGAAACCAUACCCCAACCAGGAUCGCCAAGGAGUCCCUCCAUUUUCCACCGAGUCAAACUCUCUGUGUGGGGGAACCACUGGUCGUGGGGCCACCGCCAUUCGGCCGUAUCUCUACUCCCUCCCGUCGUCAUCCCUAAUGCCGAGCACCGCAUCAUCGUCUACUUCACCAGCCUCCGCGUCGUCCGCAAGACCUUCCAGGACUGCCAGACUGUCAGAUCAAUCCUCCGAGGGCUGCGAGUUCCAACCGACGAACGAGACCUGUCUCUGGACGCUAUGUUCUUGGACGAGUUGGUGGGGAUCGUAGGGCAGAAAAACCUGACAUUACCAAAAGUUUUCAUCGGCGGUAGAUUCGUCGGCGGGGCCGAGGAGAUCAAACGGCUCCAUGAGAGUGGGGAUCUGUACAAGCUGGUUGCUGGGUUGCCAUUACUGGGACCAAUUGUCUGUGAUCUGUGCGAUGGACUGGGGUUCGUCCUCUGCGCACGCUGCGACGGAAGCCACAAGAUCUACUCGCAAAAAUCUGGUUUUCGAAGCUGUAACAUUUGCAAUGAGAAUGGUCUGAUACGGUGCCCUUCUUGCAGCCGUAUGCUCCGUCAAACUACAUUAUAGAAGUCCUAAAAACUUAGAAGUUAGAAAUCAACCAAUAAAAAAAAAACUAUAGGCUAAAAUGAAGAAAUGAUUUACUUUUCCCAUAUCAAUCUGGAUUUUUUAAGUGUUUCUGGGAUUUGAUAGGAUCUAUGUUAAUAUUUUGAUCAGCAAAAUGCAUGCUAUCAUCAGCACUCGGGAAGCAGUUAGAUUUUGUUUGCCAACCGAAACAUGGCGGUGCUUUCCAUUACAAACAAAAGGUUGUCAUUUAA